GCAAGUCCAGGUUCGCUGUCAGCUACACCCACCGUAGGAUUUGAGCGACACCAGCAGACUGAGAGAUCAUCGAUUAUUUUCCUGCCUUCAUCCCUCAAUUUAUACCACCAUGGAAUGCAGCAGAGUCCUCACGUUCAACCUAGGACACAUCAGCAUCUAGACCAAAGCUAUUAGACAGGUGCGACGAGUACGGACACCGCCGCCUCGAACAUACCCUGAAAGACCUUCGCCAUUGUCUCUUCGUUACACUUUAUGCGACACAUUCGAACUACAUAGCUCCGACUUUGCUCAUACUCAGUCACAAUGGCCAGCAAAUCUAGGUGGGCCGAUACCGAAGAAGACACAGCCUUAGCCGCGAAACUCAAGAAAGAAAAGGAAGAGAAGAGGCGGCUAAAGGCUGAAAAGGCCCGGAGAGGAGAGACAGAGAGACAAGCUAGGCUAGUAGGCCAGCAAGAACAGACCAAUACCGCAACGGAAGACGACGGUAGACCACCGAAAAGGAGGAAGACCACCCCAGAACCUGGACAAGGAGGUGCCAGUACAGAGAAGGAUGGAGAUGUCAAACUCUUACGGUUUCCAUCACGGCCAUGGGACAAGUGUAGGAGCGUCGAGAACUACGAUUGUCUGAACGAUAUUGCGGAGGGCACAUACGGAAUGGUGUCGAGGGCGAAGGAGAUCGCCUCGGGGCGUGUGGUUGCGUUGAAGCGACUCAAGGCCGAACUGAUGGACCGGAGUGGUUUGCCUGUGACGGGACUACGAGAAAUACAGAUAUUGAGGGAUUGCAAACACCGGAACGUCGUGAGCUUGCAAGAAGUGGUAGUAGGGGAUGACACUUCAAAGAUUGAAAAGUACAACGCUUUCAGCAUCUUUCUCGUCCUUGAAUUCUUCGAGCACGACCUCAAGACCGUUCUAGAGUACAUGCCCGAGCCCUUCCUCCUUUCCGAGGUCAAACUUCUCCUUUACCAACUCACGUCUGGCGUCGCCUACCUGCACGACCAUUGGAUUCUCCAUCGCGACCUGAAGACCUCCAACCUUCUCCUCAACAAUCGUGGCCGGCUCAAGAUCGCCGAUUUUGGCAUGGCACGCUACGUGGGGGACCCAGCUCCGGAGAAGCUCACGCAGCUGGUCGUCACCCUCUGGUACCGCGCCCCGGAGCUCCUCCUCGGCACCCGGUCCUACGGACGCGCCGUCGACAUGUGGAGCGUGGGUUGCAUCUUCGCCGAGCUUCUCACCCGCGACCCGGUCUUCCAAGGCUCCAACGAAGUCGACCAGAUCACCAAGAUCUUUGAACUCUGCGGCGUCCCCACCUCCGAGACGUGGCCGACGUUCCGCAGCCUCCCCAACGCCCGGGCCCUGCGGCUGCCGCCCAAGCCGCCGCCUGCCGCCGCGGGAUCCGUCAUCCGCGCCCGUUUCACGCAGCUCACCAACGCGGGGUGCGCGCUGCUCUCUGACCUGCUCGCCCUGGAUCCGGACCGCCGUCCUUCGGCGCACGAGAUGCUGCAGCAUCGGUACUUCCAGGAGGACCCCAAGCCCAAGCCGGAAAGCCUCUUCCCGACGUUCCCGAGCAAAGCUGGUCAAGAGAGGCGCAGGUUGCACGAACCACAUGCGCCGAUCCGGGGCGAGGAAGCCGCGGAGCUGGGCGAGGUGGAUGUGAGUGGCAUUUUCCAGGGGCGCGAGAAGGAGGAAAGGGGAGGCGGGUUCCAGUUACGCAUGGUGUAA